AUGUCGAAUAUAUUCAGAAGAGGUUUAUGUAGCGCAAGGGUUUUGUUAGAGGAGGCCUCGAGCAAUUCCAAGGCAAUGGCGUCUGCACAUGCUGCACCAGAUGCACAAACCACACCAACUGCACAAUCCACCAAGGAAAGCCUCGAGAAGAAAUACACUCCCAGACCAAAGCAGCUGCCGAGUAUUUUCACCAACAAGACACCCGUCGACCAGCGCGUACAGGUAAAUCCCAACCACGGUCUCUACGCCUUCUUCGAGAGGAGGCCGGUCGACACUACACGCGGGGAGGUGAGCGACGGGACGGGCGACGGCAAGCAGAUAUCGUCUACGCUGCCAACAUGGACUGAGUCGCAGAGUUUGUCGAGUAGGGCUUGGAGAGCCUCUGAAUUACGCCUCAAGAGCUUCGAAGAUCUCCACACACUCUGGUUCGUCCUCCUCAAAGAACGUAACCUCCUCGCCACCCAACUCGAAGAGGCGAGACGUCUUGGCGUCGAUAUCCAGCAGUCGACCAGAGUCAAUGAGAGAAGAUGGCGCGUACGCAAGGCCAUGUCGAGGAUCAAGGGUGUCUUGAGCGAGCGUCGCCAUGCCAUCCCUGUGGAGUAG